AUGAAACUGACUAGCUCCGCUCAUUAUUCACUCCUCUUCUUAUCAUCUAUCCUGGGCAUAUCCUCUGCUGCAGGUAACAAUCACCUGGAUGAUGAGUCCCCGUGUGUGGCGCACUCUCCUACGAGUGGUCUCUACUAUGACUUGAGUUCAAUCUCAUUAUCUCCACCGGAAAUGAAGAAUGGCAAGAAAGUAUCGCAGGACGAUCGGGACGAAAGCUGGACCGCGAAGGGGCACGACUACCCCGCCAAUUUCACGCUUAACAUAUGCGCGCCGGUGAUUGAGAACUUUACGGAUGUCAUUGGUGUAUCAUCUUCGCGAUGGCAGAAUAUUAGCGCGUUUUACGAGCAGCAUGGGAAGAUAUAUUCGUUGGGUGAACAAGCUUCCGAUCCUUUCUUCCGUGGUCGCAAACUUAUCCUGAACUACACGAAUGGCUCUCCGUGCCCUGAUGACUCCAGCGCUGCCGGCUCGAAUGCUUCUGUCCGAACGAAGUCUACGCUAAUGUCCUUCCUUUGCGAUCGCGACGCCCCUGCAAACCAAGCGACUACCUCCUUCGUCGGUACCAUGGACUCUUGCUCCUACUAUUUUGAAAUCCGGAGCUCUGCUGUGUGCGGUGGUAUUGCUGCGGAUCCCAACUCUGGAGGACUAGGCCCAGCCGGCGUAUUCGGAGUCAUCAUGCUCAUUGCGGUCGCUGUCUACAUGGUUGGAGGUUGCGCCUAUCAGCGCACUGUUAUGCACCAGCGCGGUUGGCGCCAAUGCCCGAAUUUCAGCCUAUGGGCUGGAAUGUUCGACUUUGUCAAGGACAUGUUCGUCAUUAUUUUCUCAUCCUUGGGCAAUUGUUUGCGCUUCAAACGUUCGCCAUCACACGACGGCUACACACGCGCGGGCUCUGACAGCCAUGGAGGAUUCAUUGGCGCAAUUGGUGGUCGAGGAGGACGAGGCUCUGGUGGUCGACGUGAUGUCGACGCUGAAAAUCGCUUGAUCGACCAGCUAGAUGAAGAGUGGGACGAUUAA